AUUUUGAAUUACAAAUUCAUCGCGAGUGAGUUCGAACCGAACACGCAUCUGCACCGAAGACACCACAACUGCCCACGCUCACUCAUCUGCGACCUCCUCUAUUUGCUCCACCGGUAGCACUUUCUCUCCCAGCAGAACCCGAACCCUCCUCGGCCACACCGAAACUAUACACCACAUACACACAUCCGCAAUGGCCGCCCCAACAGCGACAAAUCCCACCGUCGAAGACGAGCACGAUGACGACAACACCCUGGACAUGAACGAGAUCGAGGAGAUAAUCGCGGACGACAGUGACCACGACCACGCCAUGGACGAGGACUCCGACGACGAUGCGCCCAUGGACGAGGACAACGACGACGACAUGCAGCUCGAAGUCGUCAAUGACUCCAAAGCCUAUUUCGACGGGCACAGCAGCAGCAGUAUUUUCAGCAUCGCCGUCCACCCCACCGACAGCUCACUGUUCCUCACCGGCGGAGGCGACGACGUAGCGCACAUCUGGACGUCCGCGCCGUCGUCGGCCGCCGAUGCCGCCGUCACCCCGCGGGAAUGCAAGAGCAUCCGGAAACUCGAAGCACACAAGGACUCGGUCAUCGCGACAGCGUUUACCGCGCCCGACGGCGCCUACGCGGUCACGGGAGGCCUCGACGGCCAGCUCCAACUUUUUUCCGCCGCCGUUGGCUGGAAGAAGGUCGACUCUGCGCAAGAGGUGGAGGAGAUCGUGUGGAUCGCCUCACACCCUAGCGACCCACUGGUGGCGGUGGGAACGAACGAGGGUUCCGUGUGGCUAUACGAUGUGGACAGCGAUGCGCUCAACAUCCGACAUGUGCUGUACUCGCACACCACUUCAUGCACCGCAGGAACUUUCACGAAAUCCGGCACGCUGCUGUGUACCGUCUCUGAAGACGGGAGCUUCAUUGCCUGGGACACGUCCUCUGGCCAGGCGAUCGUGGCUCUCACAUCGAACGACCAGCGGUUCGCAAUCGAGGGUGGACUCUACUCCGUCGCCACCUCGCCGAGCGGCAGCGUCGCGGCCGUCGGCGGUGCGAGCGGUGAAAUCCGUAUCGUUGGACUCCCCAUGGGCGCCGCUCCUGCCACGGGAGGAAAGCGCACUGCUGGUCGCCCGCAGGCUGGCGGCGGUGGAUCCACCGGAGGAGGCCAGGCGGGUCAGAUCCUUGCGGCGCUGAACACCCAUUCCGAGUCCGUCGAGAGUCUUGCAUUCCACCCGACUGUUCCUCUCCUCGCCUCGGGCUCCGUCGAUGGCAAGAUUGGACUCUACGAUGUGGCUCGUGGGUUUGCGCUCAGGAAGAUGCUGGAUGCACAUGUUGAUGCCGUCGUCAAGGUAGAGUUCGCUCCUACCGAUGCGUGGGUGUUGACUAGCUGUGGUAUCGAUGGCACAGUGAAGAGGUGGGAUGCUAGAGCGGGCGUGGAGAUUGCGAACUUGAAGGGACAUCUGGGUGGUAAUGGGAAUGAGGGUGAGGGUGGUGUGCUCGGCUUUGUACAGACAAGGGACCGUAUCAUCACGGCGGGUGAUGAUGGUGUUGCGCUGGUAUUUGAGCUUGAGGGAGAGGCGGUCACAGGUAUUUCCAUUGGUGCGAGGUAAAAGUAGAGGUGUUUUAAAGGUUUCAUAGAAGGGUUUCUGCGCGAGUGAUGCGUUAUGGUGGAUUUUUUUAUAUAUAUACCGGGGAUUAUCAAUUGCAAACUUGCUGGAAUAAAAGUUGAAUCG